AUGGCCAGUGUCGUUGUCCAAACACGGCUCGACAUUCCAAUGUCUGAUGACCAGCUCAAAGCCAACACCCCUUCAAUUCCAUUGCGUAAACCAUAUGGUUCAAUGGACCUCAUCUCCACCAAAACCCCACCUCACCAUGGCAGACACUCUAAGGAUACGAAGUGGUGGGUGGUGUUGAAUCUAGCAUUUCAAAGCAUAGGCAUCGUUUACGGAGAUAUUGGAACGUCACCACUCUAUGUUUACUCUAGCACCUUCAGUAAUGGAAUAAAACACAAAGAUGACGUAUUGGGAGUCCUUUCUUUAGUCUUUUAUACUCUUACCCUCCUUCCUAUGAUUAAGUACGUUUUUAUUGUCUUACGAGCUACCGAUAAUGGCGAAGGAGGAACGUUCGCACUUUAUUCGUUAAUUUGUCGUUACGCGAAAGUGAGUUUGAUCCCCAAUCAACAAGCUGAAGACCGCCAAGUAUCGAAUUACACACUGGAACUGCCAAGCAAGCGGCUGAAACUAGCAUCAGUUCUCAAAUCUAGCUUAGAGAAGAGCAAAUUUGCCAAACUUUUCUUAUUGCUCAUCACCAUGCUCGGUACUUCCAUGGUCAUUGGCGACAGUAUCCUCACUCCUUCCAUCUCCGUUUUAUCUGCCGUGGGGGGUGUCAAGGAAGCAACAUCUGCCUUGACACAAGAUAUGAUAGCUGGGAUAUCAAUAGUGAUAUUGGUGUUCCUCUUCAUGAUUCAAAGAUUUGGAACUUCUAAAGUGGGUUACACCUUCGCUCCUAUUCUUAGCCUCUGGUUUAUUUUAAUCGGUGGAAUCGGUUUCUACAACAUCAUAAAACAUGAUACCACAGUGCUUAAAGCCAUCAACCCAAUCUACAUUGUUGAAUACUUCAUCAGGAACAAAAAAGAUGCUUGGGUUUCCCUUGGUGGAGUUGUUCUUUGCACCACCGGAGGCGAAGCACUAUUUGCUGAUGUUGGCCAUUUCUCGGUUCGAUCCAUUCAAGUUAGCAUGUGCUCCAUGGUGUACCCGGCUUUGAUUUUGGCUUACACCGGACAAUCCGCUUACCUUCGUCAACAUCCAGAUUCGGCUUCUGAUGCAUUCUUUAAAUCAGUUCCAGGUCCUAUGUAUUGGCCAAUGUUUGUAGUGUCCAUUUUGGCUUCAGUCAUAGCAAGUCAAGCAAUGAUUUCAGGAACUUUCUCAGUAGUUCAUCAAUCACUCUCCCUAGGUUGUUUCCCACGUGUCAAAGUUGUCCACACAUCUGCAAAUCAUGAAGGACAAGUUUACAUCCCAGAGAUCAAUUACUUUUUGAUGUUGGCUUGUGUUGGUGUCACCUCUGGUUUCAAGACCACUGUAAAGAUUGGCAAUGCAUAUGGGAUUGCGGUGGUGUUUGUAAUGACACUCACAUCAGCCUUACUGGUUCUCAUCAUGAUCAUGAUAUGGAAAACUAACAUAUUCUUGAUAAUCUUGUAUGUUGUUACUAUUGGGUUUGUGGAGCUUAUGUAUUUGAGUUCAGCUCUCUAUAAAUUUACUUUGGGAGGGUAUUUGCCGCUGGCAUUCUCGGCCUUCCUAAUGACUGUAAUGUAUGUUUGGAACAAUGUAUAUCGGAGGAAGUACCAUUAUGAGCUAGACCACAUGAUUUCUCCAGCAAGAUUAACCGAGAUAUUUACGAACAAAAACAUGUCUAGGAUUCCUGGGCUUGCAAUGUUCUAUUCGGAGUUGGUUCAAGGUAUACCACCCAUAUUCGAGCACUACGUUUCGAAUGUACCAGCGUUGCAUUCCAUCAUUGUCUUUGUUUCCAUGAAAUCGCUCCACGUUAAUAAAGUUCCAGCAGAAGAAAGAUACUUUUUUCGAAGAGUUGAACCGAGAACGCUAUUUGCCUUUCAGUGUGCCGUUCGAUACGGGUACAACGAUGUGCGGGAGGUGGCCUUUGAGGAGACAUUAAUUACAAGGUUGAAAGAGUUCAUCCAAGAAGAAACUUGGAUGCAAAUUCAAACAUUAUCCAUCGGUGGAAAAAUGACUGAAUCCGGUAGAGAAUCAGAUCGGGAAAUCGAACACAACGAGAUUUCGAAAGCGAAGCAAGCAAAAGAAGAGAAGCUUCGAGAGAUAAUGGAACAAGAAAUAGAACAAGUAGAGAAAGCAUGGGAAGAAGUUGGUAUUGUUCAUUUAAUUGGACAGAACGAGGUAAUUGCAAGCAAAGAAUCCAAUGUGAUGAAGAGGAUUUUGGUUGAUUAUGCUUAUAAUUUAUUGAGGAGAAACCUGAGACAAAGUGAGGCAGUGUUUGAUAUUCCUCACAAGCGCAUGCUUAAAGUCGGCAUGACUUACCAGCUUUAA